AUGUCAGAUCUAUAUCGAUCUGCUAUACAAGCAAGGGCAUCCAAGCUCCCACAAUUGCCUCCUCAUUUCGGAGAGGAUGGCGAUGAAGAAGAGGAAGCUGGGGAUUCCAUCGGCGCACUUCCAACAACAACUAUGGGUCCUCCACGAGCCAAACCUCGCCGGACACCCAAUCCGGAAUUGACUCCUUUGUCUGCGGCGGAGUACUUCUCCCAGGCACUGCAGGUCGCCGUGCCCGCCUCGAAACUUGAUGUGCGAAUAUACUACACGCCUCCGAAGGUCACAGCGGAUGAGACUGGCACCGUCAUGGUGUGCCAUCAUGGUGCUGGAUUUUCUGGCCUGACCUUCGCCUGCUUCGCGAAGGAGGUGACGCAGAUGAGUGGCGGAGAGUGUGGCGUCUUGUCCGUUGAUGGUCGACGUCAUGGGAAAACGAUGCCUACUGAGGGAUCGUCCGACGACGAUCUUUCGAUCGAUGUUUUGGUCUCAGAUUUCUUCAACCUAAUUCAAGCUGUAUUUCCUGACCCAGCCAUUGCACCCACUUUGUUGCUCGUCGGUCAUAGCAUGGGCGGCGCUGUCAUUGUGCGCGCAUGCCCACGGCUACUCGAACGCAAGUAUCGAGUAGGGGGUGUUGCGGUCCUAGAUGUCGUCGAAGGCUCCGCCAUCGAGGCACUCCCGCACAUGCCCAUGAUCCUAAACUCGCGCCCCGAUAGCUUCGACAGCGUCGAAGACGCCAUAGAUUGGCAUGUCCGAGCCAACCAAAUCCGCAACCCCACCUCCGCUCGCAUCCACGUCCCGUCACUGAUCAUUCCCGCCCCCUCCAACCCUGCCAAACUCCGUACACAUCCUUUCACGUGGCGUACACCAUUAGGCACCACCGGUCCCUACUGGGAGAGCUGGUUCACCGGCCUCUCCGCCUCGUUCCUCGCAGCCCGCACAGCACGUCUUCUAGUCCUCGCAGGGACAGACCGGCUCGACAAAGAACUCAUGAUCGGACAGAUGCAGGGCAAGUUCCAGAUGGUCGUCGUGCCCGGGACGGGACAUAUGCUCCAUGAGGACGAUCCCCCGAAACUGGCGGAGAUCCUGGUAGACUUUUGGAGGAGGAACGAGAGGGUCGUCGCCCCUGGGGUGAAGAAAGUGGGCGAGUUGUAA